AUGGCUGCUGACCCAAGAAUCCCCGUUUUCUCCGUCAAGGACUACGCCUCCUUCGCCCUCGCUGGUGCCAUCGGUUGUGGUGCCACCCACGGUGCCAUGACCCCCAUCGAUGUGGUCAAGACCAGAAUCCAGUUGGAACCAGCCGUGUACAACAGAGGUAUGAUUGGCUCUUUCAAGCAGGUUAUCGCCUCUGAAGGUGCCGGUGCCUUGUUGACCGGUUUCGGUCCUACCGUGUUGGGUUACUCCAUGCAAGGUGCCUUCAAGUUCGGUGGUUACGAAUUGUUCAAGAAGACCUUCAUCGAGCAAUUGGGUUACGACACCGCCAAGCAAUACAAGAACUCUGUUUUCAUCGGUUCCGCUGCUUUGGCCGAGUUCUUCGCUGACAUCGCCUUGUGUCCUUUGGAAGCCACCAGAAUCAGAUUGGUUUCCCAGCCAUCUUUCGCCAACGGUUUGGUUGGUGCCUUUGGCAGAAUCUUGAAGGAAGAAGGCCCAGGCUCUUUCUACAACGGUUUCACCCCAAUCUUGUUCAAGCAAAUUCCAUACAACAUUGCUAAGUUCUUGGUUUUCGAAAGAGCUGCUGAAGCCAUCUUCAAGGCCAUCCCAACCCCAAAGAACGAAUUGUCCUCCACUGGUUUGACCGGUGUUAACUUGCUUGCUGGUAUCAUUGCUGGUUGUUCCGCUGCUGUUGUCUCCCAACCUGCCGACACCUUGUUGUCCAAGGUCAACAAGACCAAGAAGGCUCCUGGUCAAUCCACCAUUGGUUUGUUAGCCCAAUUGGCCGGUCAAUUGGGUAUCAGAGGCUCUUUCGCUGGUUUGCCAACCAGAUUGGUUAUGGUUGGUACCUUGACCUCCUUGCAAUUCACCAUCUACGGUUCCUUGAAGGGUGCCUUGGGCUGUCCUCCAGGUGUUGAAUUGUAA